AAAACGCAUAGUCGAAGACUAGUUUAGUACGCGCGGUGUGGAUGCAUGUGUUGUGAAAUUUUACCGGCUGUUAUCGGAUAAAGGUCAUAUUUCUCAAAUUUAGCGCUGACAUAAUUUUUCAAAAUGAAACCUAUUGCUCUCUUUGGACACGAGAGGUCUGUCACUCAGAUCAAGUACAACCGUGAAGGUGACCUUCUGUUCUCCACAGCUAAAGACACAACGCCUAAUAUCUGGUACUCAGUCAAUGGAGAGAGGUUGGGAACGUUUGAAGGCCACAGUGGAGCCGUAUGGUGCAUCGAUGUUGACUGGGAAUCGCAGAAAGCAAUUACAGGGAGUGCAGAUAACAUGAGGAUGUGGGAUAUCAAAACUGGUAAAUGUACGACACAGCUGGAAUACAAGUCCGCUGUUAGGACAUGUGGAUACAGCUAUAGCAGUAACAUCUUCUUCACAAGCACAGAUCGUACUAUGGGGCAGACCAGUGAUUUAUGUGUGUAUGAUCUUAGAGAUCCUAGUCAAAUAGAAUCUAACAACCCGUUCAUGAGGUUACCAAUGGAUACAGCUAAGAUCACAUCAGGUAUAUGGACCUUCCAAGACACAGCUAUCCUGACUGGUCAUGAGAAUGGAGAACUAACACUUUGGGAUAUCAAGAUGCAAGAUUGCAUAGGAAGCACACAAGAUAUUCAUCAGAAGGCAAUCAAUGAUAUCCAGAAACACAGCAAGUAUGACAUGAUAGUCACAGCAUCUAAGGAUUGCACAGCUAAGCUUGUUGAGUUGCCAGACCUGGUACACAUGAAGACAUUCAAGACAGAGAGACCCGUUAAUUCAGCAGCUAUAUCACCCAUUAAAAAUCAUGUCUUGUUAGGUGGUGGUCAGGAGGCCAUGGAUGUCACAACAACUUCAGGAAGGAUUGGUAAAUUUGACGCCCGCUUCUACCAUGCGAUCUUUGAGGAGGAGUUUGGCAGGGUCAAAGGUCAUUUUGGUCCGAUCAACAGCGUGGCUUUCCAUCCCGAUGGAAUGGGAUACAGCAGUGGAGGAGAAGAUGGCUACGUCAGGGUGCAUUCUUUUGACCCUAAUUAUUUUGAGUUUGAAUUUGAAUAUUAGUUCUAGUGAAAUGUCUCCCUUCAUUUCGGUGUAUUUUAUGUUUUUUCUGUACAGACCCCAAACCCACCAUACUUCCAUUCUACAAAACCAUUGCCUACCGGGAUAGGAUAUACGAAUAUUGACUGCUUUGAGAGGCACGGUCAUAGCUAUUGCCAGAACUGGUCUUAAAGCUGGGCCCAAUUUCACAAAACUUGUCAUCAGUGACAAAUGACAGUUUUUGUUAUAAGCUAGAGAAAUCCUUGCUUCUG